AUGUCAACAACAGAGAACACAACAACAGUUAUAGUCCAUGAAGCUAUAAAUGAAGAAUAUGAGUACAUACAGUUUAACAAACAACUCCGUCUCAUUCGUUCGGUCAAAGACGAUAUGUACCAGAUGCAAAGUAUUUUGAAUGCUCUUCGUUCUACAAAGCAAGCAUAUCAUUGGUUUGAAAACCAACAGACAAAAGAACUUUUAGAAGAAUUUCCUCAUAUGAUUGCUUCCCUCGGAAAACCGAGGGAAGAGAUUCCGUAUGAAAAUCGUGAAAAAUUGCCAAACGGUUUGAGAGGAUAUUAUGUACAUAGACUUCUUGUAAAUGCUGUUGCAAUGUGGGCUUCGCCUCGUUAUGCUUGGUAUGUUUGUAAACUUCUUGACGAAAUUCAUAGACAAGAACGUGAAGAGAUGGAAAACAAGCUUGAAGCAAAAGACAAAAGCAUUCAGAAAAGAAUACCACGUUCGGUACCAAAAGGAAAGGAAAAGAACUAUAAGUAUAUGAUUUAUACUGAAGAGAUGGAAAAUGAAGAAGAUAAAGAUAUGGUUAUGUUGCAUUUAGUCAGAAGAAACAACAAAAGCUUUUACGACCUUGCUAAGAUUUACAAAUCUGACAGAAAUUGGUUCUAUCGCGAAAACUUACCGAUUUCAAUGACACCGAAUGAAGAUGUGAAACAAAUAGUUCAAGAUACGUUACCUCAAACACACUAUGAUAUUAAAG